AUGGCCAACGCACCAUCUGUUCCUAUCCCAGGGAAAUUGUUUGUCGGUAAACUGCAUCCAGAAGCUGAUAAUGACGAUCUCAAGGCGGCCUUCGCUCAGUUCGGAACAGUCGACAGCGCCGCCGUGGCACGGGAUAAGGUCACCAAAGGCUCCAGGAAAUUCGGAUUUGUCACAUAUCGAGACUAUCACUCAAUAGACAAGGCAUUGGCCGCGAACAAGGUGUUCGUCAAGGGCAGCGCGGUCGACUUCAGACGCAACACGCCGCGUGACCCGAAUACCAAUCAGCUCUUACCGCAAGUGGACAAGAUCUUUGUAGGACGAGUCUCAGAGAGUGCGACAGAGUCGAAUUUCAAAGAGUAUUUCAGCAAGUACGGAACGGUUCUGCGGGUGAGCAUAUUUUCCGAUCGAGGAUUCGCCUUUGUGACCUUCGAUGCCGUGGACUGCGUCAACUACCUGAUGGCCAACCACGAGCCCUUCCACAUCAUCAACGGCCGCAAGUGCGAGGUAAAGCGUGCAGAGGAUCGUGGAGCGGUCAAGUCGCAACAACCGCCUGAAGCGAAUGGCUAUCCAGGACACCCCCAACACCCAGCAUUUAGACCUCCGGCUCCCAUGGGUGGCCCAGGCUCACGUCCCCCAUUGGCAGCACUCGGACAGAGACCUCCGCUGUUUGGUGGCAUGCUCCCACCUCGCGGACGCGCACCUCUUCCCGCUCCUAUGAAUGGCCGCCCACCCAUACGACCACCUGUUGGCGGCCUUCCCCCCAGGGGACUGAUUGGCGCACGCCCGCCCCUGAGGGGAGAGCGCGGUCCCCCGCCCAUUCUAGGCGACGAACGAGGACCGCCCGCGCAUCGAAAUAUGCGAGACAGGGCUAUGGACGGCGCACCUCCCAUUCGCCCCCCUGGAGGCCCAUUGAGAGGCGCCCCAGGACCUCCCAAUGCCCCCCUGCGGAAUAUACUGUACGGGCGUCCAGGUGACCGCGAUGACAGACGACCGCCACUCGCCCACAGAGACGGCCGCGACAUGGACCACAGAGACAGAGACGGGCCCAACAGGAGAGACUCGGAUAGGCGAGGCGCAAGUGCAGGACCUCCCAACGCACCACCCCGCGCACCAGCCCCAGGCAACAGGGGCGAACCACUUCUCAAUGCCGUGCGCAGAGACCCCCCCAAAGGCCCUAUUGGCCGCAACGGUCUAAGUGGCCCCAACGGAGCACGGCCUGGGAAUGCUUUUGGGGGAGGCGACGAGGGUAGACGCGACUCUCAGUACGACGGCCGCGACGCGCGCGACAGUCGCAACCCCAACGACCGUGAUUUCCGCAGAGACUCAACCCACCCCUCCCGCGAACAAUACACUAAACCCGCUCAGGAACCCUACACCAAAACUGGACCACUCGCUGCUAAUGCACGAGUACCGCCGGCUGCAGGUGCACCUGCACGCCCGUCCGUUGGUGGGAGCAGGGCUGUACCUGCCCCUAGUGCCAGAGGACCGCCCUUGUCUGUCCGCAGAAAUGAGCCGUAUGGACGACCUCCUGCGGCAGCACCUGCACACAGAGGACCUCCUGAGAACCAGUACAAGGCAUAUGAACAGGACACAACGCGUCGCAACGACUACGACCAGAAUAAGGCCCCGGCACAGGGACCGGCUCUCAAUAUGCCCGUAGGGCAAACUUCAGCGGAAGCCGCCGCACAGUACGACAACUAUGGUCAGCAGCCACAGGACUACGGUCAACAGGUCUACGGUAACAAUGCGCACAAUACAAAUGCUGCAGCUGCUGGAGGUUACCAGGAUAACCAGGCGAACAACAAUGGUUUUGAGGCGUACGACAACAGUGCUUACACACAACCGGAAGACACCACCGUAGACCAUAGUGGGUACUACAACGGAACUGACGGCCAGUACAAUCACGACAGCAAUGCCUACGCCCAGCAGGCAUCCGCUCAAUCUAACGCCCCCCAAACUGCAAAUGCCUACGGACAGCAACCAGCACACCACGUGGCACCAGCGACUGAAGCUACUAAACCACCCGUAGGAAAUGUGAAACCGCAGGAGUACACGCAGGACUACAACACCUACGGCUACCAGCAGCCUCCAGUGCCACAGAACACUGCACAGUCCAACGCACAGCAUCAGUGGCCACAACAACCCGAUGCGACACAACAGGCUACCGCCAAUGCACCACAGGACCAGGCGUACGACCAGUCUUACGGUCAACAGCCAUCUGCCCAGCCCAACACCCAGGCACCCCAACAACAACAGGGAUAUGCCCAACAGUACGCGUAUGGGGCCGAGACUGCGCCUGCGUACUCUGAUCCUACUACACAAGGCUAUGGGCAAACGCAAGCACCCGCAACCGCACACACCGCGGCUUACACACAGCAACAACCUGCGACAAAUGCCUAUGGACAGCAAGGGUAUGCACAACAAGGAUACGGGCAACAGCAGCAGCCUCAACAAGGGUACGCGCAUCAGGCAGCCGCCAAGCCUGAUCCAUACGCACAAGCACCUGUAGCACAGGCAGCCCCGCCCGUACAAGAUGGUGGUUACGGGGCACGGACUGCCGCACCGGCUGCUCAGGCAACCGCUAAUCAGAAUGAGUAUGGUUCAUAUCAACAACAGGGUCAAGGUUAUGGGGCGCAAUAUCAGGCUCGGUGGUAGGUCAUCGAGGCUGAUUAUAUGUAGUUAGGGAUUAAGUGAAAAGGGCAAUCUGCGAUAACAUGAAUAUACGCAGCGUGCUAGCUGACCGUUCACUCAUGUACCGUACAGUUGUUGGACAACGCGAUGCUGUCUCUGUUUCUUGCCUCGUUUUUAUCGAGCUAUAGAGUGGCUGCAGUACAGACACGCGAAGAUGCACCAAGAGAAAACAGAAUCUAUUUUGAAUACUAUAUGUGGGAUGGACACGCGAUUAAAGGCACAAGAAAUAACUAUAUUUAUGUCGAAUACUAUUUCUUGUCCCCGAAUUUCAGUUUGCAUUAAAAGAGUACAAAAGCGUCGUAGAGAUGGUCUAGAAAAGCAUGCAUCCCAACGUAUCUAUGUAUUCAACUGGAUUUUUGUGCUGCACUGACCCGAUCUCAUAAUGGCCAGACUAUGCAAUUUCACUCGGAAAGAUUAUUGAGCAACCAGCAGACUUUUGCGACGCGCGACUGAAAAUUACCACCACUAUUUACUAAAAAAACGUCCUAUUUAGGAGGGCCAUGAAAAGGAUAAGAAACUGUGGAUUCGAA